UCCAGUUUGUGCAACCUUAUGAUCAUUAUCUAUUUCUACUAAUGUUUAACCACUUUAUUGCCCUUUAUCCAGUAACUUUGCUGAGAUCUUUUUGUGUCUUUACGAACUAUGCAAAGUCACACUCUCUGGAGAUGCAGCAUCAACAGUGUUGUCAGCAUCGAUCUCCCAAACAGAGAUGAAAACCUUCCGUUUGAUGCUGUUUCUGGAGUCAGUGUGAUCCCAAGCAGAAGUGAUAUUUGGUGGAGCACUUCGGUUUGAAAUAUGUUUUACAAGUUAUUCUCAUUAUCCCCCAGUACCAAGCUGAUUUAACAACUUUUAGCACAUUCUCCAGGCUGUUAAAGAGAAUUACAGUAACACUAUCCUGGAGACAGAUGCACCUCACACAUUUGUACAACUCUGCCAUUUCACAUUCUUCACCCACUGCUAUAAAAUGUCGUUCACCAGCAGCCUGUGGUGCCAGGACUGUAGGAUAAAGAAUAAGAAGAGUUGUUUUUUUUGGCACCCGUACUGCGGGGAAUGUUUUUAAGAAGAGAAAGGAGCUCAAUGCAUCAGGCUGGAGAGACUUCAGAGUUUGAAACACUGUACACUAUACGUAUAGACAGAGAUUUUUCUUCUUUUGUUGGAGUAACAAUGAAUCCUUGAAGAAAAUCUAUAUGUUGCUCCUCAUUCCUUGAUGCCUCAAUCAGCAUUGUAACUCUUAAAAGGUAGCAAGUAAAAGAAUGAAAAAGGUUUGCAUUGUGAAAGUCAAAUAAAAUAAUCAAGUCAUGCACUAUAGAAAAAAGAUAAUGUUGGGAAAAAAUAGUAGUAAUCUGGGUGCAAGAUGCAAGAAAAUGAAAAAAUGAUGGAAUACUGCGACGCUGAAGAAAAAAGAAAAAAUCAGUUAAAGCUUUACAUGUGGAUCUGAUACACAACUUAGAAGAUAGCUUUAUUUGUAACAGAACACCAAAUUUUUAGGUGAUAAGUAUUUAAACAAAUGGACUUAAAACAGAUUAAAGUGAAUACAUUUAAUUGAAUAGAAUAACUGACAUCAUCAAACUUUUACAUUCUUCUUUUGUGACGCUUUUGUUAUUUGUUUAUGGGGGGUUACUCCCUUCAGUCUCCUCUUUAACAGCUAAAAUGCAGUUGAAUAGGGUUGAAGUCUGGAGAUUGACUUGGCCAGUCUAAAAGCUUCCACUUCCUGCCCCUGAUGAGCUCUUUUGCUGUUUUGGCAGUGUGUUCUGGGUCAUUACUUUGCUGCACGAUGAAGGAUCUCCCAAUCAGUUUGGUUGCAUCUUUCUUUAAAUGGGCAGACAAAAUGUUUCUGUAGACUUCUGAGUUCAUUUUGCUGCUGCCAUCAUGUGUUCCAGCAUCAAUGAAGAUCAACGAGCCCGUUCUAGAAGAAGCCAUGCAGGCUAAAACCACAACAUUGCAGUUUGGGAUCAUGACCAAAUCCUUUCUUUCUAGAAACUUUAGCCUUUCCAUCACUUUGGUAAAGGUUCAUCUUCAUCUCAUCAGUCCAUCAAACUUUGUCCCAGAGUUUUUGAGGCUCAAAUCUGUACUUUUUGGCAAAUUCUAUCUUGGCCUUCCUAUUCUUCUUGCUGUAGCCUCUGCACUUUUGUUCGUGAAGUCUUCUCCCAACAGUAGAUUGUGAUUCCUUCCCUCCUGCCCUCUGGAGGUUAUUGUUGAUGUCACUAACAGUUGUUUUAAGGUCUUUCUUUACAGCUCUCACAAUGUUUCUGUCUUCAACUGCUGCCGUUUUUCUUGGUCUACCAGUUUGACGUCUGUUACUGAGUCCACCAGUGAUUUCUUUCUUCUUCAAGACAUUCCAAAUGCUUGUACCAACUAUGGCCAGUGUUUGGCUCUGACUGAUUUUCCAUCUUCUCUCAGCUUCACCCAUAAUCAGCUCUUUGGUUUUCAUGUUGGUUACACCUCUAACUAUAGAUGCAGUCUGCGUAGGCAAAACCCAAAUCUGAAACUGAGCGUAGACAUAGAGCACCAUUUGAAUAAUCAGUGUAAUAGGACACAACAGGGCAACAAAACACAUGUCAGUCACAUGUUACAGUACUUUUGUUCACAUGAAAAAUGGUUCAAACAAAAGGUGCUAUCUUCUAAGCUGUGUAUCAUAUCAAGAUGUAAAUACCUGGACAUAAGAGCUGACAUGUUGAUCUCUUGUCUCAUAUUCCUCUUCAUUUAUAUAUUUUUUUCCUUUCAAGUAGCAGCAAAUAUCUGCAAAACAAUAACAUUUCUGAGUGAUAUAAAUACAGAAAAGAAACAGUGUAUUUUCUAUGGUAGCAUUUUGUAAAAGAAUGAAUCACUCUUUGUAAAAAUGCAGCUUGUUGAUGUGGACAUUGAGUACAGUUUUGGCCCUUUUUAUCGUCAAUCUAUUAUCUAGAAUUUAACCAAAAUGAUGGAAAUCUGUAAAUUAAGACCAAAUUGUUACCAGUUGCUAACUAUUAGAGUUAACAGAGAGGCAGAAUAUUGCAAUGUGGGACUGUUUGGACUUUUCCUUUUAAAAUGACUCAGAAGGUGAAAUGAUGCUUCAUCCUGCUGGCUGUCUGUGUUUGAACCUCGGCCAUAUAUCAUCUCCUGCUCUGUCCCUGGACUUCACCGUGUCCACUAAAGCAGAAAUGCCCUGAAAUGUGCAGUGCUGUGUUCUGUGAAAGUGGUUAUGACCUCCAUCAUUACGCACACGCAGGGUGCUGAAUGCCGCCAGAUUCAUGUCUCCUGCGCUCCCGGUGAAUUUCACAAUUUCUCUGCCCCGGGAGACCUGCUGAUAUUAAUCUGACAGUAAGAACACUGUGACAGAAGACUUUUAUAUAACUGCAAUGCAAAUGUAGUUGUAACGGUGGGAUUUACCCUUCAAAGCCUUCUAACAUACAAAUCAGGGAUGCCUUCGCUUAAUGAUGCGCAACAGUUUACUCUGCUGUGACAUAAUGAUGGUGGGAAGCUGCCCGCGCGUUAUUGUCAUCGCUCUGUCAUCUCAUAUUUUGGGUGAAUGCGCGCGCCCGUGCGUGCGUGUUUGUGUGUGUGUGUGUGGUGGGUCUAGCCUCUUUUGCGCGCCACCCCACCACCAGUGCGUGUGCACGAGUGUCCGCAAAGACGCCACCGCUGCUCCUCUCCAGGCGCGCAGUCCAGACCGUCCACAAAACUUUGAUGAGCUGUAACCUCCCCCUCCUCCAGGCGACAAAACAAGGUUAUAACUGGGAGGAUUCAUCAGUUUUUUUCCCUAAUAGAUAUAUAAAUCCAGGGCUGCUAAUUCUGGCUGAUCAAGGUGUCAGAAUGGAAAACACUCCGGUAGAAAUCUACAAAGAAGAUAAUAAGUGCCUGUCCACGCUACAAGAAGACUGUCUGGUGAAUUCUUCUUCUGCUUGGGUGUCUGCAUACUCCGACAGCCGCAAUGUGAGCCACGACGAUGACAGCUGGGAGCAGGAGAGCAUGUCCCCCAUCGUCCCCAUCAUCACUGCAGUCUACUCCUUGGUGUUUGUGGUCGGCUUGUUGGGCAACUGCCUGGUCAUGUAUGUGAUCAUCAGGUACACAAAGAUGAAGACGGCCACCAAUAUUUAUAUUUUCAACCUGGCGCUUGCCGACGCCCUCGUCACCACCACGAUGCCCUUCCAGAGCACCGACUACCUUCUGAACACGUGGCCCUUCGGCGAGGUGGUCUGCAAGGUCUUCAUCUCCAUCGACUACUACAACAUGUUCACCAGCAUCUUCACUCUCACCAUGAUGAGCGUCGAUCGCUACGUGGCCGUGUGUCACCCGGUUAAAGCACUGGACUUCCGCACUCCCAUCAAGGCCAAGAUGAUCAACGUGUGCAUCUGGAUCUUGUCGUCGGCUGCAGGGAUUCCUGCUUUUGUGCUGGGUGGUACCCAGACGAACAGCGAUAUAACUGAGUGUGCCUUGCAGUUCCCGGAGCCGUACACCUACUGGGACACGCUGAUGAAGAUCUGUGUGUUUGUGUUUGCCUUCGUCGUGCCUGUGCUCAUCAUCACCGUGUGCUACUCCCUCAUGGUCCUGAGGCUGAAGAGCGUCCGAAUGCUGUCCGGCUCCCGUGAGAAGGAUCGCAACCUGCGGCGGAUCACCAGGCUGGUGGUGGUCGUGGUGGCCGUGUUCGUGGUCUGCUGGACGCCCAUCCACAUCUUCAUCCUGGUCAAAGCUCUCGUGAGCGUCCCGGAAACCACCGCCAUCAUGGCCGCCUACUUCUUCUGCGUUGCUCUGGGCUACACCAACAGCAGCCUCAAUCCCGUCCUCUACGCCUUCCUGGACGAGAACUUCAAACGCUGCUUCAAAGACUUCUGCCUCUCGGCCAGACUGAAGGGGGAGAAGGUGUCGGGGAGCAAAAAGGCCCUGAGCACAGUACAGGAGGCCGCCGUCCCCUUGGAGAACCCGGAUGGGACGAGCAAACCGACAUGACUAGCGGUGGAACUGUCUUCUAUUUCCCACAUUGGAAAAGAAGACUCCCAUGACCUGGGAUUGACCCACGUCACAUCAGCAAUGUAGACUCUGAUUCAGUUCAUUUUCAUCAUCAGCUGGGGUUGAAGCAGUGUCAAAACUGAUUGAUGAAUUUCAUUCAGGCAUUGAAAAGAACAUUUUUAAUUGUAUUCCACCUUUCACAUUAGUUGGCAUAGAGCUUUUCUGCAUAAUAACUUCAUCCUCCUGACCCUCAGCGUUUGUUCCCUAACAGCAGCUGAUGAAGAUUAUAUAAUAUUAGGUGCAAGUGGAUGUAAAAAUGAUGAUUUGACCAAAUGUGAUCGAAGUGCAUCUUCAAUAGUAUUUAUUUUUGUCCUUCUAGCUGGUAUUCAUUGUUAAGAAGAGCUCUCUAAUUAUAUGGAAUAUUAAGCUGCAAUCAUAAGUCAAUUCAUCAAAUAACACAUUAACCCUCUGAACUCCAAUACCUACCAGUAGACUUUGAAGGCACCAAAAUUACACCAUUUAUCAGAAUAGGGAGCUAUAAAGCCAUUGAAUUGUCAGAUUUUCGACUUUGUGACUUGAAUGAAUGAAUAAAUUAACCAAAUCUAAGCUUUAAAUUGUGAUAUUUCAUGAAAAUCAAUGUGAAAUUUACCUCAAAUCAACAGUUUGCAAUAGCAGAAUCUGUGAAAAACAAACAAUUCUGCACUCUUUGGCACAAUCAGGGAGCCAUUAGUGACUCAGCUGUGACCAACAGUAACAUGAUGAAAAUUUUGAAAUUUUUCCAGGAAAACAAAGUUGAACUACAGGUGGUGUUUACACAGAACAGAUAGGAGACUAGUAUGGAAAUAAAUUUAAAAUGUAAAUAGUGAAAUAUUGUGAGUAUGUGGGCCUAUUUUUGUAAAAUAUUUAAUGACAUUUCUUAAAAUUACCAGCAUUAUAACUUAAAAGGAAAUGCACAGAAGACAUGUUUUAAGUUCUUUCUACUUGUAGCUGUGGAUUUGUUCUUUUAAUAGAGGUCCAGAAGUUUAAGUUGCUGUGACAAAUGAUACACAGCAAGUAAAAAUGUGAGCAAAAACAUGCCUAGAGACUGUUUGGAGUUCAGAGGGUUAGUCUGCCAAUAGUGUGCUUUUCAUUUUUUAAAAUUAAAAAUGGCAAACAUUUACUGCUUCUACAUUCUGAAACAGGAUUUUUUUUUUGGUCAUACGUUGUAGUAAAUUGACUGUCUUAGGGGUUUUUUUUCAGAAAUUUCUCAUAUUUUAUAAGCAAAACAAUGAAUCAACUAAUAGAGAAAAUGAUCAUCAGAUUACUCAAUAAUAGAAAAAAAAUCAUUAUAAUAUUCCUCAACAAGACUUCAGAUAAUAAUGUCAAGAUUUCUCAAGAGAGCUGUUGAUCAUUUGAAGGGAAAAUAAGCAAGAGUUUAAUGAAAAUGCUAACACAUAUUAAGUUCCAUCUUGUCUUAAUUAAUGUCUCUCUCAAAUGUUAUUUUUCAGUCAUUUUCUCCUCUAAUUUAUCUGUUGCCAGAUGUGCCUUCAAGAGUUCAGGAUCAGAUGUUUGUAGCAGCAGAGAAUGAUUUUAGAUGUGACAGCUAGAAGGAGUCAAACAGCACUAAAUGUAUAAAACGCUUGUUUGAUUUAACCUGUCAGUGGGAGCUGCAUGGAUCACUGACAGCAGAGACAUGCCAAAAAAAAAACCUUUUCACGUCUGUGAAGAGUGUGAACGGUGCUGAUUGACCGGAGCGUGAGAGAAGCGGAGUUUGAAGUUCAGCUGGAGGUUAAAACAAGCGACGUUCGGCUGCAUCAAAGCAGGUUCAUCACCGAGGAACGUUGGAGGGAAAAUCCUGGACUCGAAUGUGCAUUUAAAAUUUGACAGAGGGCUCUCUAUCAGCUUUGACUCUGGCGUCGUGUCCAGACUGAUAAGUUGUUAAAUUAGUGGUCUGUAAUUAACUAAUCACGUGCUGCGUAUGGCUUUUACCACGAUACACAUAGUCCUACUGAACUGUCCUGCUAUUAUUAUUAUUAUUAUUAAUAUUUGUGCACUCUGAAGACAUGAAUAGCUGUUUUACCAAGUUGUGCACAUAGUUAAAAACAGUGUUUUCUGACAGCUGUACAGUCGGGUUGUAAAAUCCUUUAAUUUGUAUAAAACCUUUGCACAGACGUCAUUGAACUAGACUCUAUUUGUAGCAUGUCAGUGAUCAUUGCUGUGGCAGUAAAGGCAACGUCAGCAGCCAUAUAUGCUCUAAUAUGUUAUUUUGAAUGUACUGCAGAUAUAUAUUGCAUUAUAUAAAAAUGUAAUUAAUCAUAGUAUAAAGUCCGCUAUCUCAUUAGAAAACAACAAGUAUACAGGCAUAAAAAUAGAGAUAUCACAGAUGUUCUAUUACUUUAUAAUUGAUAAAAGACACUAUUCUAAGAAACCACACUGUGGCAUCUUUGCUAUUUUUUUAUUUUUAUUUUCAGUUUGUGCUCACUGUUUGAAUCUAAUCCUGUAUAUUGACUUCUUCUGCUGUCAUCUGAGCAGAACAUGUAUUGAUUGAAACAUCCUGUCUGUGAAGUGCUUAGUAUUAAAGCAAGUUUAACAAA